AAAAGCAAUCGCAGUACGGAUCUGAACGUGGGAACUUUAUACUGUGAAGUUAUUUUACCCUGUCCGAGAAGGGUGUUCUGGCCAUGCUGCUUUGUGGCGGAGGGGAAUUUCGUGAUGUUCCCACGCUGUAUCGGAAUGUCGUUUCAACAUUAAACACCGAUCACUAACACGCCUGACCUUUCGACGGGGUAGAUGCUUUUUGGACCGCAAAAUUUUCUCGUGUUGUUGUUGUAAUAGUAUUUCGAAUCUGUACCUACGGCUAGAAGUAUUGCGCGAGUGAUUCCAAGUGCGUUUUAUUUGUUUCUAAUAAAAUUGUGCGCAUUAAAUUGGAUUUUUAUCAGGUCUUGGAGAGCUCGACAGGACCCAUGCCAAUUAGCGAGGACGAGUAUGACUCCCGCCCUUCGUACGAGCCAUCCUCGACGAUGUCAAAAGCGGAACUUCGCAAGACCCACAAGCCAAUUAUGGAAAAGCGACGACGAGCUCGGAUAAACCACUGCUUGAACGAAAUAAAAAGCUUAAUCUUGGACGCAAUGAAAAAAGACCCAGCCAGACAUUCCAAACUGGAGAAGGCGGAUAUUUUAGAAAUGGCAGUAAAGCAUCUUCAAAACGUCCAGCGUCAACAGUUAGCCUUGGCGAUGGCUUCAGAUCCGUCUGUGCUACGAAAAUUUAAAGCCGGUUUUAACGAAUGCGCCGAUGAAGUAAACAGAUACAUCGGCAAUUUGGAUGGCAUCGAUGCCGCCCUUCAGCAAAGAAUCGCGACGCAUUUAUCAAAGUGCAUCAGUGGAAUAGAACAGAUAGUGCAUUUAAAUUUCCCCGGUUUCGGCGGGGUCCCUUUUCUUGCGAAUACAAACUUCUUCUCAAAUGCGAAUGAAACCGGCUCGGAAACUUCGGGCGACCAGAAUAAUAACCCCAGCUUACAAAUACCGCAAAGUUUGCAAGUAAUUCCCAGUAGAUUACCUACGGGCGAAUUCGCCUUACUCGUCCCAAACUCUAGCAAUUUGCCUUACUUCCCGUCAGUUUCCUCCCCAACGCAAAACAGCCAGGGAUCUUCACAAGAUUUGCUCAAGCCAGCGUCCACAAGACCAAGUGCUUUCGUUACAGUUAUACCUUCCACCUUCAAUCCAGUACAGGCAAAAAGUAAAAGUCCGUCGAAGCUGCCGUUUAAAUUGCUCAGCCCUCCGCAAAGUCCCAGCUCCAGCUCGAGUAGUCUGCGUCAGGAGGACGAAAUCUCGCCGCCGUCGCCGCGUGGCUUUCGACCGGUACACCCAUUGCGAAUCGGUCUUCAAACCCAACGCAAUGUAACCGAUCUGGUGAGCUCUUCGUCCGAAAUCAACCUACAGACGGAAGUGAAAACGAUGCGGUUUCCCAUACAGAAAUUCUCAAGCCCACAAAAGCUGGCGGAACCUCUCAGUAUUAUCACGAAUCAGUCCGAACGUUACAAGCACGCACAGGUUCUAGACGAAACGGCAAACUACGAGGAGAACCUACAGAGAGGGAUCAAAAGAAAGAAUGAGUACCCGCAUUCCGGGUUGCUAACGGUUGCGGCUCCCACAAGUAAAAUCAUGAAGACCUACCACGAUCCUCACGCGACCGAUUUCCGAAUCAGCAAGCACCCCGAAACCGCCCACUUCCAUCAGGAGGGUAGCUUUUCCCAGGCUAUGCCGUGUGAAAGUGCCGUUUCUACAAAUUACCAAAUGCCUUCGACAUCGACGAGUUCCGAUUCCAAAUCGGAUCCACCAUCGAACAGUGAUAUGUGGAGGCCAUGGUGAUGCUAACCCUCCGACCUGUGAUAGUAGUCUUAGGAUCGGUAUUAACUAAUUUGUAAUUUUUUCGAAGUAUUUGUUGUACAGUUUUAGUAUAGGAUCGAACUCACGGUUUCAUUGAUCGAAGUGAAAGUUCCUUUUAUAUUGUUAAUUUUUAUACAACUGUAAAUAUAUAAUUUAUAAUUUUUUAA